AUGCAACCCAUUGGUCGACGACGCCGCUGGCGUGAUGUCGUAGAACGUGCGCAAUUCAAUGCGCAAUUACGGCAAUUGCGGGAUCCUGUCCCUGGGGACAAUAUUGGCAUGGCCUUGACCGAAGCGUUACAUCAAGCCAUUGAAACGGAACUUGACCGCGAGCAGCGACCCGCCCAUCAUUUUGUCAAUUUUGCCAUUACGGCCCAUGGUUUCACCCAUGCCUAUCAAACAGCCAAUUUCACGGUAGGGGAAUUUUUACAACGCACCGCUCGCUUAGAUGAGAUGUUGGCCACCCUGGCCGGUAAAUUAAGCAGCAAUGAAGCCUUCAACCCCGAUCGCGGUUUCCAAGUGGAUGUGGUGUUUGUAUCCAUGCCUGGCUCAGGAUCCGGUCGACAUAAACAACGCAAUGCGGGACGUCUAUGCCUGGAUAGAGACAAUAAGAAAAAAAGAUGUAUCGUCACCAUCCGAAACAGAGAUGCCCUAUGCUGUGCCCGCGCCAUUGUCACCAUGCGAGCGCAUUGUCAUAAAGAUCAAGGCGCGGAUGAGUUUCGUCAAUGGGACAAUCUCAAACGUGGGCUUGCUGUGCAGGAACGUCAAGCCCAGGCAUUACAUCAGCAAGCGGGAGUAGCCGAGGGUCCCUGUGGUUUGCCAGAACUUCGCCAAUUUCAACAGGCGUUGGGGACCCACUAUCAAUUGCUGGUGAUGACCCGGAUGAAACCGUUUUUUCUGAUGUUCAAAGGGCCCGCCGCCCCCCAUCAGAUUCGUUUACUCAAAUCCUAUGAUCAUUUUGAUGGCUGCACGUCCUUUCCUGCUUUUAUAAACCGCUCCUAUUAUUGUGUGGACUGUGAACGGGGGUUCAACACCAACGAUCGAACCAAUCAUACCUGUGAAGGGAAGCGUUGCUCCGCGUGUGGUCGAUUUGAUUGUCAGGAUUAUGUGCGUGGUACCCGCCCCGCGGAGUAUUGCAGUCUGUGUCACUGCAAGUUUUACUGCGGUUAUUGCAAACGUCAUCAUGUGGUCAGCAAACAAUGUCAAUCCGUGAAAACCUGUCUCAAGUNGAUUCGUUUACUCAAAUCCUAUGAUCAUUUUGAUGGCUGCACGUCCUUUCCUGCUUUUAUAAACCGCUCCUAUUAUUGUGUGGACUGUGAACGGGGGUUCAACACCAACGAUCGAACCAAUCAUACCUGUGAAGGGAAGCGUUGCUCCGCGUGUGGUCGAUUUGAUUGUCAGGAUUAUGUGCGUGGUACCCGCCCCGCGGAGUAUUGCAGUCUGUGUCACUGCAAGUUUUACUGCGGUUAUUGCAAACGUCAUCAUGUGGUCAGCAAACAAUGUCAAUCCGUGAAAACCUGUCUCAAGUGUCAGGCCCAAUACACGGUCGUCCCUAACAGACGUCACCAGUGCGGACACGCCAAAUGUCCCGUGUGUCAGGAAUGGGUGUCCAUCCAGGACCACCGGUGUUACAUUCAGCCCGUGGUGGAGGACGAGGAGUCUGAACCAACAGAGGAGGGGAAAGGUUGCAUGGUGGCGCCACCCUUUCCCCUGUUUGUUUAUGCGGAUUUUGAAGCCAUGCAAAAUUCCGAAGGGGUGUUUGUGGCUAAUUUGUUGUGCUAUUCGUCCAGCGAAGAAACGACCAUCCAUGUGUUGGACGGGGAAGACUGUGCCCUACAAUUUUUGCGUGAUUUAGAUGAUCUCACUGUCAUCCCGGACUUAGAGGGCGAACGGAACAUUCUUGUGGUGUUUCACAAAUUGAAAGGCUUCGAUGGCAUGUUUAUUUUGCACGAACUGUACCAGCAACAACGCGAGGUCGUGGAUCAACUGACGGUGGGAGCCAAAGUGUUGUCCUUCAAGAGCGGACCCGUCAAAUUCAUUGACUCGUUGUGUUUUUUGCCUAUGCCGCUGGCCUCAUUUCCCAGCACCUUCAAUUUGACCGAAUUAAAGAAGGGAUUCUUUCCUCAUUUGUUCAACACCCCUGACCACCAACAGUAUGUGUGCCGCAUCCCCGAUUUGGAAUUUUAUGAUCCCGAUGGCAUGAUGGCCAAAAAGAAAGACGAACUGACCCGUUGGCACGCGGAUCAAGUCCGUCGUAAUGUGCCCUUCCAUUUCAAACACGAAAUGAUCGAGUACUGGAAAUCGGAUGUGGCUCUGUUGAAAGCCGGUUGUGAAGCCUUUCAGCAAGAAUUCGAACGGCAGGCUGGCUUCAAUCCCAUGGCCAAGUGCAUCACCGUCGCCAGUGCUUGCAAUCUGUAUUGGCGCAAACACCAUCUGACCCCCGACACCAUCGCCGUCGAACCUCUGGGUGGCUGGCGAGGGGCCCAAGUCAACCAAUCCCUCAAGGCCCUGCAAUGGCUGUACUAUCAAGAACAUCAAAGUCCCAAGCAGGGGGCCAGUGCAGACCGCAUCCGACACGUUCGCAACGGGGGCGAACAGUCGGUCCGGACGAUCGCCAACAGUUAUUUCGUGGAUGGCUACGAUCCCCUGACUCGUACUGUCUACGAGUUUCAUGGGUGUCUCUACCAUGGAUGUCCCACCUGUUUUCCCGUGAGAGACGCCAAACAUUAUGCCACGCCUGAUCGAACCGUGGAGGAACUGUAUCAAGCCACGGUCUCCAAACGCAUGGCUUUGCUCAGAGCGGGUUAUACCGUCCUAGAAAUGUGGGAGUGUGAGUGGGACCGGCUGGUCGACAACGAGCCUGCCGUGUCUCAGUUUCUUGGUUCCUUCGAUCUUGUACCACCCUUGGAACCCCGCGAGUCCUUUUUUGGGGGUCGAACCGGCGCAGUAGCCCUGCAUGCCGUGGCUGGGGAGGGGGAGGAGAUACGUUAUGUGGAUGUCACCUCCCUUUACCUAUGGGUGAAUAAGAACUGCCCCUACCCCCUCGGUCAUCCACGGAUCAUCACCCAACCAGUCGACCAGUCCCUGGGAUCGUAUUUUGGUCUGGCUACCGUGGACAUUCUUCCUCCGGCUGGUUUAUUCCACCCCGUCUUGCCC